AUGAAAAGACUGUUUUACGGGUCUAUGCCUCUUCAGACGUCCAUAUCCUUCUCUGAAAGUCUCAUUCUGCUCUUGCGGGGCACGAUUGGUUAUCAUGCCAUCGAUGCAGAUUCCAAAACUCGAGACCUCGAAACCCAGAUUAGCACAGAGCCUUUCACUCUGGCCGGGAAGUCGAUGUACUUCAUCGUUCUGGACCGCUUUGCGCGCUCCGGCGCCCAGGCCGAAGACUACACCUACUGUAGCAAGUCGGCUGACUGGACAAACAACACUGGCGGUGGCUACUGCGGAGGCACCAUUGCUGGCAUCCUCAGCAAGCUCGACUACAUCCAGGGCAUGGGUUUCGAUUGCAUCUGGAUCACGCCACCGGUCGACUCCAACGGCUAUAUGGGGUACGAUGCCAUAAACCUCUUCAAGAUCAAUCCCCACUUUGGCACCAGAGAGGACCUGAAGCAGCUCUCUAAGAGCCUUCACGACAGGGGCAUGUGCCUGGUCUUGGACAUCGUGCUGAACCACAUGCGCUCCCUGAAAGUGAACGGCAAGCUGAAUAUCUCGUCCAUUGUGCCUUUCAACAAGCCUGAGUACUACCACCAGCGGGGCCGCCGACCGGACCAAGCCUUCGAGGAGUACCUCUUGAACGGCCCACCGCCGGCAUUCGAUGGCUCCACUGACAGCAAAAACCUGGCGGCGCUGGUGAAGAAGAGGAAGGAGGGACAUCUCGUCCUGCAGCUUGUUGUGUCUCUGUUGCAGGAUGUUCAUAUCCUGGCACAAUUUGUGCAGGUGGAUCUCCUGAAGAUACAAUUGGCUGGCUAUCCACUCCUCCCCGUGAAGAUCCAUGUAACGGAGCCAUAG